AUGCCUGCGACAGAGGGCCGGCUCCACCAAGCAUGUCUUGACCUCCUCUCCGGCUCAGACAUCCAGUUCAACCGCCACUCCCGCCUCGACAUCGCCCUCGUCAAGAACCUCCCGCUCGCCCUCGUCUUCCUGCCCGCCGCAGACAUCCCCACAUUCGUUGGCGAAGGACGGGUCGACCUAGGCAUAACUGGCCGCGACCAAGUUGCCGAGCAUGAGUGCGUGGUCCCGCCCACAGCCACCACAGGCGUCGAAGAAGUCCUCGAUCUCGGCUUCGGCAAGUGCGCGCUGCAAGUCCAGGUCCCCGCCAAAGGCAGCCUGGCCAAGCCAGAGGACCUGAUUGGAAAGAACGUCGUCACAAGCUUCACCAACCUCGCCGAGGAGUACUUUAGGAAGCUGGAAGCGGAGCAGGCAGGCGGUGCUGCCAACGGCACGUCUGAUGGCAAGGCGAAGUUGAAGACCAUUAUUAAAUACGUUGGCGGAAGUGUGGAAGCUGCUUGUGCGCUCGGUGUCGCAGAUGGCAUUGUCGAUCUCGUCGAGUCGGGAGAAACUAUGCGCGCUGCUGGUCUCAAGGCUAUCUCAACGGUCGUGUCGUCCAGCGCGAUUCUCAUCAAGUCGAAACACGCAUCUGACCCCAAGCUCGUCGAGCUGAUCACUGCUAGGAUAAAGGGUGUCAUCACCGCGCAAAAAUACGUCCUCUGCACAUACAACGUCGAGCGCUCGAAACUCGAUGCCGCGCGCAAAAUCACGCCUGGCCGACGCGCGCCGACCGUCAACGCUCUCGAGGAGGAUGGAUGGGUCGCAGUACAGGCUAUGGUGCUGAGUGAAGGAUAUUGCGAUUGCCAUGGACAAGUUGACCGAGAUUGGCGCGAGUGAUUUGAUUGUCACCAAGAUUGAAAACUCGAGGACGGGUGAUUAGCCACGUUGAAAGCAACAGCGAGAAGAUUGUUGGGAAAAUCUAGAUGGGAAUUGAAGAUUAUCUGGGAAUGAUGACUGGCUGAGGUUGUGUUUGCAGAGCGGGGAUACAAUGGGAUAGACAUAAAUCUUGAUUAGAUCCUCCAUACUACAUCAUGCGUUCUGUCAAGUAGUACUGGUGCACUUUGUGCUUUGCAUCAAACCUUAGACUAAAAAAGAUAAAAUGACCGAAGCAAGUGUCGUUGAC